CAUUUGCCCUGAUAUCCAUGUUGGGUUUAACGAUUCAGACUAUGAUUGGUGUUUUAUCAUGGAAAGAGCAUAUCAUCUCAACAUACUCGAAUGGAUGUGGAAGCGAAUGACAGGAAAGUUCGAAACAAAGGAAAAAAUUCUAAAGUGGAAAUACCGUGAAAAGAUAGGAGCAAAAUCUGAAAAUGAUUUCGUGAAAAAGCAUCCUGUUAAGGCUCCUGAGGAAGGUGAAGAGGAUCUGGAGGAGAAAGAAUAUAUGGGCAGUCCAAUUAGGAUCAAAAUUAGUGUGGAAGAUUAUUUUACUUCUAGCUUCCUUAAACUACCAGGUUGCAUACCGAUUGAUGUCCAAGUAUGCCUCAAAAAACGUUUUCCUCAUUCUGAAGUCGAAAAGGAAGGCUCACUUAAAUUUUUCCUACAAAAAUUCGGUCUUGACAACGCACUGUGUUGUCAAGAGCUUUUGGUAAACCAAAGUAUAAUAAAUGAUUAUAGAGAAGUUGCCUCCAUAGCUUAUGUUUCUCUUUUCGAUACACAUUAUCGUGCAAAUGGAAUGAAGGUACGGAACCUUCCCAGCGCAUGUGCUAUCAAACGAGAUAUGGUAAUUAGUACAAGGCUUUCUAAAGACAUAGAAAAAGGGAAAUAUCCUGGUGCAUAUGUAUUUCCACCUAAAAAAGGUAUCAUAACAGAAAGACCUGCUGAUAAUAUCUGUAAAAAUGGAAACGAGCUUCAUACGAUUGAAGAUUUAUCUAACAAGAGGCUGGAGCUUAAAGCACGUCUGGCUCCACUAGGAAAGAAAAAGCAAUAUCUUGGGAAGAUGAUAAGUUCAGCUAAAAAAAGAGGCAAAAGGGUUUCAGAAAGCUUAAAUUCAGAAUAUUCAUCCGUAUGCUUCGAUUACGAUUAUUGGGAUUCAAAGCAAAAAGCUUUAAAGGUAUAUAUGAACACUUUUUAUGGGGAGGCAGGUAACUCAAAAUCUCCAAUCUUUCUUCGUGAAUUAGCCUGUGGAACUACUACAGCAGGAAAAUAUAACCUUAAUCUCGUUACCGAAUUCGUAUCAAAGAAAGGGUUUGGAUAA